GAGAGAAUCUGCGCCCGUCCCAGCGACGUUACACAUCUACAUGUGCGCGUCUGCGUGGGUUCGCGUGGUGUGCCAUGUCUAAGACCACAAAAAGAGAGCCGCUUCAGGUUAGCGGAGCAUCUUCAACCUCACAUCAACUACACGUCCGUUUUCUCAACGGCUAGCAUCCUGAGCCCAGCGCUGACAACGAUGCCUCCCUCGACUUGACUCUAGUACCGGCCAACAGCCAUUGCCGUUGUGAAAUGACCAUACCUACAGCUUGCUUUCCGGCUGAUAUACCAACAACAGCCGGCAUGAACGUCUGCGCUCCUUGGAGCCGCCCUGGUCUCAUCGUAUCCGUCACCACCUCAUCACGACCACCUUUCGCCGACUCUGCGUCGCGGUCGCCUCUACCGCCUCCGCCCUCAUGAUUCAGGGAAUAUUCUACGCGCGCUUUUUCCCGCAGGAGGGCCCCAAGAUCGUCGCCCAGUCGCCCCCAGGAUGCAUCACGCCCUCGGACGCCUCCGCGCGCCCGCCCCUCAUCGACUUCGACGUCCUGCAAGAGUACAUCAUCCCCCGCCAGGCCUUUUGCAACCGCUUCGUCACCGUCAACACCCCCGACGGCAAGUACACCAUCCUCGGGCAGCCCGUCGUCAUCCCCCACGCAAAGUACCAGCGCAACGAGUUCAUCUUCAACUUUGGCCUCCUCAUCGAGGCCGACGCCGACCACACCCCCUUUGAGCACGUCGUGCGCUGCCUCGCCGUCACCUUCUCCGAGAUGGAGAAGCAGAACGAGUACCUCAGCCGCGGCGAGGGCAAGGCGCUGCACCACCGUCGCCCCAACAACGACGAUGACGAGGCGAGGCGACCUAUUGAGAGCCUGCUCGAGAUUGUCAAGGAGGACCUCAACAACUAUGGCGAGUGCAUGAUUCCGGUCGACGAGGCCAACACCAUCAACAUGAAGCUCUUCCCCCACCAUCCCAACCCCCCCGUCGUGCAAGGCUGGCACGUCCCCGUCGCCAAGACCAAGUUCUCCGACAUCGUCGACCCGACCUGGGACCUGACGCUGCAAAAGGUCGUCACCAAGAUCGACGGCGUGUCCGACGUGCGGCGCAUCGCCCACGACGCCGGCGUCUCCCUCGACCUCGCCAAGACGGCGCUCCGCCACCUCCUCUUCUACGACACCAUCCUCCUCCUCGACAUGUUCUUCUUCGCCUCGUGCUACGCGCCCCGCCCCGGCAUCCACGACUUCAUCCACAACGUCGACGGCAUGGUCGACGAGUGCGCCGGCUACGUCUCGCACGGCCGCGUCCGCGUCGCAAACUACCACCUCAUCAAGCUCAUGACCACCUUCUCCCCGGGCAAGAGCAUCCGCGAGUGGAUCCACGCCCAUCACGAGAACGGCUUCGACGUCCUGUCGUACGUCGACGUCCGCCGCUUCGUCCAGUUUGGCGUCAUAAAGGGCUGUCUCUACCGCGUCCACAAGUACGUCAUGUCGAAGCAGUACCUCGCCGCGCUCGUCACCGGCCACAGCAGGCCCGUGCCAGGAGGCGACUCCCUGCAAAAGUACACGGAUGGGAACCAUCACUUUGACCAGAUCAUGACGGAGCGGAACCUGACCGACGGGGAGGUCAUGGACAAGCUCAAGGUGCUGCCCGUGCCCAAGGGCGAUCUCACCGUAUUCUACAGAUGACGAUAUCACGUCCCUCGAAUGCGAGGAUGGUUGGGGUUUGUCAUUGACGACGCAGAGUCAACACUUUGCAAAAAAUGGUAACGUUCCCAUGGAUGGCGUCGAUGUUGACUGAGAUGUCAUGCGGUUCGGUCUGAGCGACCUAAUAUAGAGUAAUAUAUGAUGUAGGUGGCCGCCUUUACAUGCUCUAUGGUAUCAUACAGCGUGACUAGUAUACAGAUUAGUACAGUAGAGUGUUUUCGCGUCACCUAUUGCCUCGAUCAGAUCGCGACGAGUCUUUCCUCUCCCUCGCGCGUUCCCGCACCUCGUGCUUAGUCGGCAGCUCAAUGUCUGGAUUGUUGGCC